AUGGGCUGGAACCUAGAUUACAGCGCUAUAACCCCAGGCCCAGGGGGCACAGUCAUGCUGGGCGAGAAAGGCGGUGCCGAGGCCGUUGCGCGCCGGGUGAACGAGCGUCGAGCCCGAGAACGGGAGCUCGCCUUGCAGGAAGGCAGAUUGGCGGACGAUGCCAUGUCGGAGACGACGCUUGUUCCUCAGCCAGAGUCCAUCGGUAGUGGUGUGAAACUGGGGUCUAGCGGCCACGAAAUGGUGCCGGGUGGCGAGGAAAUGGCAAAGACUGUGACUGAGGGCGGUGCUGGGGAGGUUGGCGGCGAGAAGAAGAGUGGGUUUCGGGCCAGGUGGAGGGAGUUUAGGGAGAGGAAUUUGCCGUGA